AUGUCGGAAGCAACCACCUCUUCGACAGCUUCUCCAUCGACAAAAAUUUCUUUCCGAUAUGUUUGGAUUACGAAGAUAGCCAAACGACCUCUCUCUCCAGAUGAAUCUGUCAUUCUUGUAGUAUCCCCUAAGUUUGCUACCGUUUAUGAUCAUAUUUCUUUUCAAUGGAGUAUGAAGAUUCAUGGAACAACGGGGAAGUUAACUACAUCUGAUGAUGAGCAAGAUGAAGAAGAUUUCUCUCCCAUCAAUUAUGCAGCUGUCGAUCUUUACUUUGCCGAAGGGCCUGUUAGUCAAAUUGAUAUUCGAGCUGUUGUGGGUAUAAAUAGACCAGAUUCUGAAAAUGAUGAAACAGAGCACGUAGUGGAAGAGAAAAAAUCCAUUACUAUGUACCGUGGAAAGGGAGCUGAGAUUACCGACAAAAACAGGGCAGCUGUAUCUCAUUUCAUUAUGGAAAAUGUGGAGAGACCAGUGAAAAUAUCUGUGCUGUUAAAGAUGGAUGCUAAACUGUUCGAGCCCUUUACUUAUUUAGAUAGCGUUAAUCCAACACCUCAGAAAUCCUUCCUCACGACAAAUUAUAAUGCUCGUGUGAAUAGCAAAAUUUGGAGAAGGAAAUCAAAAAGGAGAUCGAAAGAUGAAGAUAAGCUGAGUAAGAAAGAAAAAAUAGAUUAUGAAAAAAAAUUUGAAGAAAUUAUGCAAAAAGAGACAUUGAGUUGCAAUAGUCUUCGCGUUGUUAGCACAAGUCCCGGUUCUCGGAGAAGCUCAUGUACAGCUGAGAAAGACCAUGAUCAUGUUUUCAAGAAGAUUCUGAUAGCUUGUUGUGAUUCAUGUGACCGAAGGAGAAGCUCUUUCCUUUAUGAAAGUAAGACAGAGGAUGAGGCUGAAGACGUAAGAUAUUCAAAUUUUCAUUUCCAUGCAAUAGUUCAGGACGGAGAAACCAGUGAUGAAGACCAACGAUGUUUCGAAUGUACAGAAACAAGCAAAGAGCACAUCCAUGACCUAUUGGCGAAUAUUUAUUUCACAAAAGUUGUACUACCCGAAAUGGAGUAUGUGGAAGACUUCGUAGACUUCCUUAUUGACGCCGAGCUCAAUGAUCUCCCAGUUUUGAAGAGAGCAUGUGAAAGAUAUUUGUGUGGGGAACUGAACACCAAAAAAGAUUUGGUGACUUCUUUAGUAUUGGAUUUAUUGUUCCUGUCGAUAGUAUUCAACUUGCCAGUCAUGAAGUCAAUGACUUUGUCCGAGUUAUCAAGACGAACAGAUGAGCUCAAAAGCAUUGAUCGUUUGAUGGAACAAGAAGAAUAUAAAAAUUUGGACAAGAGAAUCAAAUCGUUGUCAGAUCGAAACUUGAUGGAGCUGGUUGAGCAGUGCAUGACGUUCAAAGAGCAAAGAAACAGAGUGAAGACAAUUAUACUUUCCUAA